GACGGAUUGAACGAAGCCUGGCAGCCGUGCUUUGGAAAACCCACUUCUCCAAAAAUAAAGUUUGACCACAUUCUUCUUACCGAACGGAAGACUUCACAGAAUAGAUUCGCUUAUUUUUCUCCGUUUUUAUUACCAUUGCUUAUUGGGAAAAUGACUAAACCAUCAGACUUUUAGGAGAAAAUACAUUGGAAAGUGUCGCUCAACUUUCCACACAGGAAGCAAGGUCUAACUGCAGAUUGCGGACGAUUCAGAUGCUCAGAACAUGGAGCUGAACAGAGGAGAAGUACCUCUAUAUGGCCAGGUGGAGGUCCGUGCUGUGUUACAGGUUCCAGAUCUGGACAGGGAACCAGAACAGACAGAGUUCUACGUGGUUCUAGAAGGUUCCAAACUAGCCCAUGUUGCUGUAGUUAAGAGAGCGGAGGAUGGAGAGUCUCUUUGCUUCACAGUUCCUGGUCACGACCUCCAAGAGACCGCCUCUGUCACAGUGUAUCGUCACACAGAGGAUGGAGCCAAGCCUUGUGGAGGCGGGGCCUCCCUGAGGUACGUCUGUGAUUUGCCACAGAAAGUGGCCGAGUACCUGCUAGCCAACAGCGACUCUUUGAGUCCCCAGAGCCACCUGGAGGUUCUGAGGAGGGUCUCAGCAGCUUCAGGGGAGGGGGACAUGGAGGGUGACAUGAGCGCUGGUCCAGGAAAGGAGCACUCUCUGGGGCAGACAGACCAGGAGGAGGAGGGGGUGAGAGGUGGGAGACCCAGACCUGAUCCACAGACAGAGUGUCAUCUCAGGGAGAUGGAUGAGAGGAUAACCCAGGCCGUGGCUAACCUGAACUACCCUCUGGAGUGGAGCGGCAAGGCCAGCCAACCCAGAGAAGAGCUCCUGCCCAGGGAGGCUCUCCUCCACCUCUCAGUGCGUCUGGGUUUGCUCCAUCUCUCCCGCUUUCUGAUUGGCCAACCUAUGGGUCAGAGGGCACUGACCAUGCCCAAUGAGGAGGGGGAAACACCCCUCCAGCUGGCUCAGAGGAGAGGAGACCACUCCCUCUUUAUGGCACUCGCUACUUCACCUUUCCCUCAGAGGUCUCCCCUUGUCGGGGUGUGGUGUGUAUGGGCAGAUAGCACCCGUGUACUGAGGUUCUGUCCUGGGUCUGACUGCCUCUCCCUCACCUUCCUGGGGGGCCCUGAGAGCAGUGUUCUGGGCAACAUCCUGGUCCUCAGAGAGAAACUGAUGGACCACAACAUCCUCAGACAGAUCUCAGCACUGAGAGGUGAUGUUCAGAUGGAGGACAGUUACGGAUUGGACGUCCAUAGAAGUGAUGCCAGUGACGGAGGUCUGGGCAGGGGGCUGCCAGUUAGAUACCUUACUCUGGUGGAUAGUGUUUUUGAAGAUCAGCUUGUUCUCUCUCUGGAUGAUGAUGAGGAGCUUCCAACGUUACAAACAGUAAAGUCCCAGACGACCCACCCCAGAGGAACCCAGAGACAGUUCUCUCACUCUGCUGCUGCAGACACAUUAGCCUCCAUCAUCAAUGGCAGGAGUCAGCUCGACACAGAGGUGGAUGACCUAAGGGCUAAUGUCAGUGUUGCUGGGAUAACGAGGGACAGCUCUGUGACUGUCAGCAGGGUGUGGGACUCGGUGGCCUCAGAGUGCCUGCUCCAGGCCACCUCCACCCCUCUACCUCCAUUGGGACUAGAGGAACAACAGUCCCCCUCUGUCUCUCACUCCCCCUCUCCCUCACCUUCCCCCGCUGACCGAGCCCUCGCCCGACUCAACAGCAACUCCCACUCUUACCUAACCAAUCAGAGAGGGAGCCCGCCUCUGGAAUCCCCUGACCUCAGCCCCAGUCUGGUAGCUCUAGUGAUGGACAGUGAGGGAGAUGAGGAGGGGUUCCUGGUGAAGACUUCUCUCUCUCCCAUCUCUCCCCUGACCUCUGACCCUCGUAGCAGCGGGGACGACACCUCCCCAGACCUCACCUGCACACGCACACACUCCGCGUCCUCAGACGGCGAACCCCCCCUCGCAAAGGAUAUGGGCAACCAGGGGAUCAGACACCGCUCCUACUCCUACUCCUCCCCCAAGAUCAGCCUGCUGCCCCCCCGCUUCUCCCGCAAAACCUUAGCCACGCCUGCGACCUCUGACCUCAGCCCAGAACAGAGAACAUUCAGUCUAUCAGAGCAGCCUCUCGAAAAAAGGGAGUUAAGGUUUCGUAAGCGUGCCCAGUCUGCAGACGACGAGGGCAGCGUUGAGCUGGCAGAGUCCCUUCAACACCUCACCCUCUCAGAGUUCCUCAAAGAAAUUGAAGAGGAGGAGUGGGACAAGUACAACAUCCCCUCCAAGGUGGAGUCAGAGAAAUACAAAGUGAUUCGUACCUUCAGCUUCCUCAAGAGCAGGAUGUCCACCACUCGCAACAAGAACAAGGGAAAGGGGAAGGAGAAGGAGAGAGAGAAGGGGAAGGAGAAGGAGAGAGAGAAGGAAGGGAUAGAUAAGGACAAACAGCAGAAUGGACAUCGUUUCUCCACGGGUUCCUGUGCUGGUCCCACCGUCUGUCUGGUCUGUGACAAACCUGCUACUGGCAAGGACCUUCUGCACUGCUCCUGUUGUACAGUUAUGGUCCAUAAGGGUUGUAAGGACUCUGCUCCCCCGUGUCUAAAGAAACUUCAGGAUAAGUAUGCAGUUACUAUGGUGAAGAACCGAACAGCAUCCCUCCCGCAGAACUUCACAGUGCGAGACAGUCCCUCUCCAUGUCCGAUCUCCACCUCAGCCUCUCUACCUAUGAUGAGCCAGAGGGACAAGAGGGAAACAGCCUCCCUCCCCAACCCUCUCUCCAGGAGUGUCCCUUCUGCCACAGACAGGCUUAGUGAGAGUCCAGAGGCGGAGUCUGACAGCAGGUGGUGUCCUGGCCAAUCAGAGGAGCUUCUGCAGACCACCGAGUCGUCCACGUCCACUGACUCCUCCGUCGGAGAAGACUGUGUGGACGCUAGUCUCCAUGGUGACCUGGAUGCUGAUGCUCUAGACUACAAGGCCGAGUCUUGGAGUCUGACGGUGGAACACACAUUCUGUAAGAAGCAGGACAAACGGGUGGUCAAGAGACAGGAUGUUAUCUAUGAGUUGAUGCAGACAGAGAUGCACCACCUCCAGACACUGAGGAUCAUGGCUGAGGUGUUUCGGCGAGGGAUGAGGGAGGAGGUUCAGUUGGAUGCGGGCGCCGUGGACCGUGUCUUUCCUUGUCUGGAUGAACUCCUCCUCCUCCACCACAACCUCUUCAACGCCAUGAGGGAACGCCGCCACAGCUCCGCCAAGCCACAUGGGGACAGGAACUACGUCAUAGUAUGCAUCGGAGACAUCCUGUUGCAACAGUUUUCUGAAGACAGUGCAGAGAGAAUGAAACAGGUGUAUGGAGAGUUCUGCAGCCAUCACACUGAGGCAGUCACCUUCUUCAAAGAGUUACAGCAGCACAACAAACGAUUUCAGACCUUCAUCAAGCAACAAAGUAAUAACUAUUUGGUCCGGAGGAGAGAGAUCCCAGAAUGCAUCUUGUUGGUGACCCAGAGGAUCACGAAGUACCCUGUUCUGCUGGAGAGGAUUCUACAGUACACCCAGGUGGACAGUGAGGAGCACAUGGACCUUUCCAGAGCCCUGGUUCUGAUCAAGGAAGUGAUCGCGGCAGUUGACCUGAUGGUCAGUGAGUUUGAGCAGGGUCAGCGGUUACAGGAUGUUCUGAACAGGAUGGAGAAUCGGAGCUUUGCCAAGCUGAAGAACGGGCACACCUUCAGAAAGCAGGAUGUUCUGGGGCCAGGCCAGACCCUCAAACACCAGGGCCUGUUACUGUGGAAGACCGCCACCGGACGACUCAAAGAUGUCAUGGCUCUCCUUCUGACAAACACACUGAUCUUCCUCCAGGAGAAAGACCAGAAGUUCAUAUUCGCUGCUGUGGACCAGAAGCCCCCAGUGAUCUCUCUCCAGAAGCUGAUCGUCAGAGAGGUAGCCAAUGAGGAGAGAGGGAUGUUUCUGAUCAGUGCGUCGGCCGCAGGGCCAGAGAUGUACGAGGUCCAUACUUCCUCGAAAGACGAACGCAACACCUGGAUGAGACUAAUAAGAGAGGCAGUAGAGAGCUGUCCAGAGGAAGAGGAGGAGAACACUAAUGAGUCAGAAGAGGAGAGAAGAACAGCUGAGGCCAGAGUCCAGAAGAUACACAAACUACAGGAGACCCUAUCCAGUCAGGAUUAUCAGAUAUGCUCCAGUCUGGAGGAGAAGCUACAGAUCUAUGCUGAACUGUCUGUCCUGAGGGGCGAGGCCCAGGAACCACACCCUGAGCCACACCUACUGGUCCAGCCAAACCCAGAGGAGGUGCCCCAGGCUGCAGGACUGCUUACUGCCGCGCUCAGAGAGGCUGAGAACCUGAGGACCACUCUGUCCUCGCUGACCUUUUCCCCCUUCAGCCCCUGCAGCCCUCCCAGGGACCCCCUGUCCCACCCUGUGUCCCCAGCCCCCUCCUACCCCCUGGACACCCCCUCAGAUGCGGAGGCCUCUCUUGGGGACCCUAAUACCAGGGAUGGGGAGUCAGCCUCCCAAGUCCUUGUACUGCAGUCCCUGACUAAUAAUAUCAACCUUAAGGUGUCCCACAGUGUCCAAAGCUUGAUCCGGUUACUCUAUAGUCUACAGGCGGCGGUAACCAUACAAGACAGUUUCUACGAGGUUCAGAAGUUCCUCCUCCAUGAGAGUGACCGCCACUCUCCCCGCUCUCCGAGACCACACACCCCAUGUCUCCGUGGCAAUGCUCUGCAGGAGCAGGAGAAGCAGCGUAACCUGGAGAAGCGCCGUGAGGAGGUGGCGGCAGCAGUACGGUUGCAGGGCAGGCUGCACCAGGAGAGACAGCGGUGGGAGCGGGAGUGCCAGGCUCGCCACAGCCAACAGGGGGAGCUGGAGAGCAGGCUGGAGGAGAGGGAGAGACAGUGCCACCUGGAGGCUGAGAGGCUGAAACAGGAGCGGGAAGAGCUGGAGGAGCAGCUGGAGGAGUACCAGCAGAGCCUGGAGAGGCUGAGAGAGAGUCAGAGGAGUGUGGAGAAGGAGAGGGAGAGGCUGGAGACCCAGCAGAACCUGCUGCAGAGCUGGAGACACAGCCGACAGAGGAGCCUGCCUGUCAUGGUCAUACCCCUGGACCGCUGUCAUCAGGACUCACUUCCUGGCCAGCCUGGAGGCCAUCUUGACAACGGCGGCUCAGUCUUUGUCAACGAGGCAGCGGUCACCAUGGCAAUAGGGCUCAACAACCGCCAUGUGCACCACCACCUGCAGCAGCAGCAGAGAGGGUACGGAGAUGACCCUCGAGCCCACAACAGCCUGAACACCCUACUGGCCCGCUCCAGCCACGGACAGACACUCCAACUCCACCCUGACACACACACACCCCGGGACUGGGCGGGGGGCACCGGUGUCACCGGGUACCUCUACACACCCACAGAGGGACAGGGCUCUGAGCAGAAACCCAACGAUAUAAACACACACCGCAAAGUGAGGGAGACGUGGUCAUUGAUGGCAACAGCGGCUGGACAAUAUCAGGGUGUACCCCCACAUGGAGAUCCCCAACUGGAACUGUCCUUCUUGGUUCCCCUGGAGACGGAGAGUGGGGAUGGGGAGGAUGUGGGAGAGGAGAACAUUGUGUACCUCUGAGGCUGAACCCCCUGAGUCAAAACCAGGACUUAAAGCUGGAAUCCUUAAUGGUGAAACUGCCACGUCCGUUUGGGAUAUUACAACAACAAAGAAGUUACUACAAACAACAAACACCGUUUUUCCCCCCUUGGACAUAAUUAGAAUCACAGAUUUAACAUGAAUAUAUGAAGGCUCCGAAUCCAAGAUUGGACAGUAAAUAUCUAGGCUUAUUGUAUAUCAACAAGGUUUAAAGAAGUAACAGGACUGGCACAUACAGAAAUCUCUCAUGCUUUGUCUCUCUGCCCGCCACGUCUGUGCCAGGUACCCUCCAUAUGUAUCGCCAAGUGUUGUCAAUGAGAGACACUUUUAUAGCGCUACAUGUUUAUGUGUCCAUAUGUGCAGUGUGUGUGUGUGUAACUUCAUCCACUGUGUGUGUGUGUGUGUGUGUGUGUGUGUGUGUGUGUGUGUGUGUGUGUGUGUGUGUGUGUGUCUCUGUUGAGAGUUCAACUCCAGGGCUGCCAUCGGGCCUGUGUGCCUGAGGCCCUCCAAUGACAGUUACCCUGACCAACCCUGUGGCCUGCCUUCCCCCUUUCUCCUCACCCCUGUAUCUCUGUAUCCCUGCCCCACACUGCCCUAAGUCUGCUUCAGUCUACCUCUCGUUUUCUCCCUUGUCCUCUAAGCCCAAUCUCUCCAGGACUAUUUAUUAGGCUCUCCCAGAAUGAAAUGCUGAGGAGAGUCUUCUCUAUGUUACCGCAGGGGGAAAGAGGGAGAGCAGAGAGGGGCUGGUAUCACUGUAGAAUCAGGCUGAAUCUGUCCAAUUGCUCUGUGGCUGAUUGUCUGGCCAGGAAAUAAACAGCUGCUCGCCCAUUCAUCAGACAAGCUCUAUUUAGAAGGUGAGCGGGAUUCUGCAAACACAUUAGUCAUGAAGGAUGAGGUGAAGCACCAUGAUCAGAAGGGAUUUGGUCCCUUGGUUUCUCAGACUGUCUGGCUCUGGCUACGCCCGGACAGCAUCAUUUGUUUUUAUCCGAAGGACUUUUUAUUGUUUUGAAAGAGUGUAAAGGUAUUGUGGUUUUAGGAAUGAUGUUGUGACUGUAGCAAUAUAUCAAUACAAUAUAGGACACUGCACUACUCUGCCUAUAUAAAGUACAUAUUUUAUUAGGGUGGUCAAUAACCAUAGGACAGAACAUUUCUAUACUUUCAAUUACCUUUGCUUUUAAAAAUGGUUUUAAGUAUCCAAUCAGGGACAGUGCACUGUACAUGUGAAGCAUACCAAAUAUGGCCACAUCUCUUCUGCAUGAUAACAUUUUUUUUACAUCGUUUUUAAAAUGUUAAUGUUUAAAUAUUCCUUCCAAGGCACAUAUUUCAUAGCACAUGAUUUAUUCCAGUGUGUGUUCAGUUACUUUAAGAUUUUGUCUUAUGUAAAGUUACCUUACUAAUGCAUGUGUAGUAAUAGUAGCUGGAUAGUCAGCCUGGUAUCAGUUUAUAUCAGAGGAGGAAGGGGAGGACCAUCCUCCUCAGUGAAUUUAAUAAAAAUAAAAAUAGUGAAACAUUGAAAACGUAAUCCUUUAUAUAAAAAAAUAUACUAAAUCUAUUCACGUCACCAAAUAGUUGAUUAAAACACACUGUUUUUCUAUAUAGGUCUACAGUAGCCUCAACAGCACUCAGUAGGGUAACACCAUGGAGUAGCCAUAGGACAGCUCAUGUCCAUCCUCCUCUGGGUACAUUGUUUUAUUUUUGUAUUUGAUUAUUUUACACUUAUUUUACCAGGUAAUUUGACUGACAUGUUGUCCACCCAAUCAAAGGAUCAGAGAAUGAAUCUAGCACUGAAAGCAUAAGCUACAGCUAGCUAGCACUGCAGUGCAUAAAUUGUGAGUAGUUGACUCAAAGAGAAAGACAAUAGCUGACCAGUUUUUAACAAAUUAAUUUCUUCAAAAAUGAAGGAGAAGCAAGAGAGCGAGAGCUAUAUUUCUCGUUGUAAUUUUUUCACUUUCACUUACUUAGCUAGCGAAUGCAGCUAGCUAGUUUAGCCUACUCAAACACCCAACUCAAACAGGGAGGGAUGCUAUGUUAGUUAGCUGGCUAUGACUAUCCAAAACUGGAAUUCUUCCAAGUCAACGUAAACUUUUGGUUUUAUUAAUUUAUUGCCACUGGGGCCCACUGGUGUAACUGCUAAACUGCUUGCUGUACACUGUACUGCGUGAUUCUCCCGGGUUUACUAACGCUUUAGUUCUCGUAGCCAUAUUGACUAGCUAUUACAUUAGCUACUAUGGUGACAAUGAUGUAAGCUGUGUGUAGCAGUUAGAUGUUAUAAUAUGAAGGUUUGGCUUGGAUUUUUCUUUUCUGGUCACAGACAGCUGGUGUGUUGUGCACUGCAGUCCACAAGUGAAGGGACAAUUUGAGAGGAGGAGAGUGCAUAGAUGUGAGAAGGAAUACAACAAGUAAAGUAAUCAUGCUGUUUGUAUGUGGCUGCUAUGAAAGUGGACUGUGUUUAUGUGUGAUCAGGGAUGCGUGUAUUCAUUCCUCCGAUUCUGUAAGCAAACGGAAGGAAACAUGGAUAAAAAUACCUGAAUUUGUUUGCAACUGUUGGACUAAUGAUUACACCCUAGAUCAGCAAGAUGCAGGCAAGAGUGUGCAGUAUUAAAUGUGUCACUGUCUGUCACCUUGAUUACUCAAAUCUUUCUCUCGACCUGUACACCUACGCUACAUGACCAAAAGUAUGUGGACACCUGCUUAUUGAACAUCUCAUUCCAAAAUCAUGGGCAUUAAUAUGGAGUUGGUCCACCCUUUGCUGCUAUAACAGCCUCAGAUGGCUUUCCCCAAACUGUUGCCACAAAGUUGGAAGCACAGAAUCGUCUAGAAUGUCAUUGCAUGCUGUAGCGUUAAGAUUUCCCUUCACUGAAACUAAGGGGCCUAGCCGGAACCACGAAAAACAGCCCCAGCCCAUUAUUCCUCCUCCACCCAACUUUACAGUUGGCACUAUGCAUUGGGGCAGGUAGCGUUCUCCUGGAAUCCGCCAAACCCAGAUUCGUCUGUAUAACUGCCAGAUGGUGAAGCGUGAGUCAUCACUGCAGAGAACGCGUUUCCACUGCUCCAGAGUUCAAUGGCUGCGAGCUUUACACCACUCCAUCCGACACUUGCCAUUGUGCAUGAUGAUCUUAGGCUUGUGUGCUGAUGCUCAGCCAUGGAAACCCAUUUCAUAAAGCUCCCAACAAACAGUUAUUGUGCUGACGUUGCUUCCAGAGGCAGUUUGUAACUCGGUAGUGAGUUUUGCAACCGAGGACAGAUGAUUUUUAUGCACUUCAGCACUCUGUGGUCCCAUUCUGUGAGCAUGUGUGGCCUACGACUUCGUGGCUGAGCCGUUGAUGUUUCCACUUCACAAUAACAGGACUUACAGUUGACUGGGGCAGCUCUAGCAUGGCAGAAAUUUGUUGGAACUGAUUUGUUGGGAAGGUGGCAUCCUAUGACGGUGCUAGGAUGGUGCAACAUUGAACGUCACUGAGCUCUCCAUUAACGCCAUUCUACUGUCAAUGUUUGUCUAUGGAGAUUGCAUGGCUGCGUGCUCGAUUUUAUACAGUUGUCAGCAGCGGGUGUGGCUGAAAAAGCCGAAUCCACUAAUUUGAAGGGGUGUCCACAUACUUCAGUAUAUAUAGUGUAUGUUGUAAACUUCAUAGGCUAGGUUGUGGCAACCUCAUGAUGGUAUAGGGAACAUUUCAGUAUAAUGUGUAGUAGCCUAAAGCUUUCAAUGUUACAUUGAGCUAGGUGAGUGGAAUAUGAAUGACAGUCAUCCAGUAUGCUGUAAUAGAAAUAAGGUCAUAGAAAAAAUGUGCUUCCUCCCUUAUCUUAAACGGCACCGACCGUCACUGGUUUUAUGCAUCACAUUGUAGUAGUAGUUGGGUAGUCAGCCUGGUAUCAAUUUAUAUGCAUCACAUUGUAGUAGUAGUUGGGUAGUCAGCCUGGUAUCAAUUUAUAUGCAUCACAUUGUAGUAGUAGUUGGGUAGUCAGCCUGGUAUCAGUUUAUAUGCAUCAUAUUGUAGAAGUAGUUCGGUAGUCAGCCUGGUAUCAAUUUAUAUGCAUCACAUUGUAGUAGUAGUUGGGUAGUCAGCCUGGUAUCAAUUUAUAUGCAUCACAUUGUAGUAGUAGUUGGGUAGUCAGCCUGGUAUCAAUUUAUAUGCAUCACAUUGUAGAAGUAGUUGGGUAGUCAGCCUGGUAUCAAUUUAUAUGCAACACAUUGUAGAAGUAGUUGGGUUGUCAGCCUGGUAUCAGUUUAUAUGCAUCAUAUUGUAGAAGUAGUUCGGUAGUCAGCCUGGUAUCAAUUUAUAUGCAUCACAUCGUAGAAGUAGUUGGGUUGUCAGCAUGGUGUCAGUUUAUAUGCAUCAUAUUGUAGAAGUAGUUGGGUAGUCAGCCUGGUAUCAGUUUAUAUGCAUCACAUUGUAGAAGUAGUUCGGUAGUCAGCCUGGUAUCAAUUUAUAUGCAUCACAUUGUAGAAGUAGUUGGGUUGUCAGCCUGGUAUCAGUUUAUAUGCAUCAUAUUGUAGAAGUAGUUGGGUUGUCAGCCUGGUGUCAGUUUAUAUGCAUCAUAUUGUGAUGUAUCACACCUUUUUUCAAAAUAUGAUGCAUAGCAAUGCUAUCAUGUUUGGGUAGUAGCCUAUGGUUGAAAGAUGACUGAUGGAAUUACUCUUCUAAGCACCUAAACUGUAACCUUGCUUUCUACUCAGAGCUCUAACAUUAUACUUGAAUAUUCAUGUGCUACUUUACUACCAACGUGUUGUUUUGUUUAUUUUUGGCCUUUGACGUCCUGAAAGUCAGUCUUUAGCUGUCCCACAGCCCCCAUUAAAAACACAACACAAAUAAGACAGUAGACCUAAAGGACCAUGUAGGGGGAAUCCCAAAUGAUACCCUAUUUCCUAUACAGUAUAGUGUUUGACCAUGGCCUAUGGGGCUCUGGUGAAUAGUAGUGCAUAAUAUAGAGAAUAAGCUGUCAUUUAGAAGUCUGCCGUAGUAUCCAGGUAGUGUAAUAGGUAGCUUCAUCUGCAUAAAACACCACGAUGGUUAUGUUGGACAGCAAAUUACUUGUAUGUGUAUAUUUCAGUGCCUUUAUUUAUUUAUUGUAGAUUUAUAUAGUUGUUUUACAUACUCUUUGUUGGGUUAUGUUGUUAUGUUGUAAUAUAAAUGGAUUUGUCUUAUGAGAACAGCUGUAUAUCUUAUGACUGUGUAACUGUUAUGCAUUAAAACUUGAUCAUAACACUGA